AUGCUCUCCCUGAGGCUUCCUGACCGCAUCGCCAAAGAGAGACCAUACGGUGUUAAAUCUUAUGCAAAGCCUCGAAAGGCUUCAGAGAAAACAAGGCAAGAAGAAUCAGACUUCCACGAAGAGAUUAACGCCCAAUUUAGACCAAAGGAAUCAAUUCAUCAAAAUGAAGCAGAAUUAAUGGAAGAAUGUAAUUUCGAUGAAAACAGAACUAUUACAGUCGUUGGAAUUUUGAAAGAUAAAUUACAACCAAUAAUUGAAUAUUUUAACAAUAAUUCUGGAGAAAAUCCGAAAAUAUUUGAUACACCAGUAACAAAGAGAAACCUUAAUUGGAUAUUUAUAAAAUUUAAAUCAGAUCCUAGAAAGAUACCUUGCGUUAAACCAUUGAUCGAGAUAGAAAAAAAUUAUUGCGUUGGCUGCUUUUACGGUAUGUUCCGCGCAGAAAUAUUAGAAAAUCACGAAAAGAAGGAAUUACCUGUUUUUAGAGUUUGGAAAGAUAAUCAAAAUCUUGCGAAUGUUGCAUGGGAACACAAAAAUCUAUGGAUAAAAAUCAGAGAAUUUUUGUUAGGACAGGGUGAAAUCAGAAUUACAAGCCAACCUUCCGGAAUUUGGUCUUUUGUUAAUCGUUAUUUUUAA